AUGGCCUUGAGGAGAUUCUACAACGAAAUCAAGGGAAAGAAGGUAACCGAGAUCCCUAAACACGUGAAACCCAUGUUUUCCCUCGGUUACCUCAAGGAUUCCGUCAAGAGAGGUUUGGACAAUUACAGCGAGAAGUACAUCGAGACGGAUUCAAUUCAGCCUUUGCUCCAUGUCCUUUACGGUGGUAUGAUAUUCUCAUACCUCGUCGCCCUUCCUAACGAGCGUCGCCAUCUCGCUCACAAAGAGCAUGCUGAAUCUCAUCACUGA